AUGAUCAGAAAAUUUAAUUAUGGAAGAAAGCUUAACGUGUUCAAAGCAUAUAAAAAACCUAUUGAAUCAGAAUUCUAUAUUAUAAAAAAAUAUGAUGAUAUUGUUUCAUAUAAAAGAGAAAUAGAUGCAUUGAUUCCAUUAAAAAAGGCAAAGAAUAUUAUGCAGAUUAUAGAUUAUGAUUUAUAUAAGAUGGUGGUUGUUAGUGAAUGUGCACUAUAUGAUUUAGAAACUUUUUUUGAACACCAGGCAUGGACCCAAAGACAAGCAGAAAAGAUACCAAUAAUAAAAGACAUUGUAAAUGCAUUAUCUGAAUGUCAACAUAAAAAUAUAGUUCAUUUGGAUUUAUCACCAAAAAAUAUAAUGUAUUUUCAUGAUAAAAACUGGAAAUUAAUAGACUUUGAUUCUGCAUGUAUAGCAGAUAAAACCUAUGUGUCAAAAACCACAACAAUAAAAUAUUGCAGCCCUGAAUUAAUACAAGCUGAAGCAGAUGGAAGAGAGAUAAAAGCACAAUUUUCCAUGGAUAUGUUCUCAUUUGGAUUAAUUUUAUAUUACAUUGAAAAUGGUUAUUGGAAUAUUGCUGAUCAAAAAAGUCCUGAUAAAAAAUUACCAAUAACUACUACUGGGGAUUCCUAUACUAUUAAUGUUAUUGAGAAUUUGUUGGAAAAAAAUGUUAAUAACAGAAUGACAUUGGCUCAAUUUAAGGAAACAACAUAUUAUGAGAAAUUAUCAAAAGGCAACAUUCAAGAAUGGACUUAUCAUGAAAAAUCUAAAGUGCAAAUUGAAAAAGAGGCCAAAGAACUUAAUCCAGAUAUAAAAGAUGAUGAAUUAAAAAAAAUGAAUCUUGAUUUACGACAAGAACGAUUUUUAUCAUUCUUGGAAAGGUAUCAUCAAGAAAUGAAAAUAAGUUUGAAUGAAAUGAAUGAGAAAUUAGAUGAGGUUAAGACUUCUGUGUUAAAUCUUACUGAAACAAUUCCACGAAUGUUAGUAAAAAUACAGAAUGAGAAAACACCUAGAGUUUUUAUAAUGGUACCUCAACGUCGUGAGUUUAAAAAUCCAAUGACCUGGUACACAAAUCCAUUCAGAAUGUAUUUUGUAUGUGAACACAAUAAUAAUUGGCAUGUACCAGAGCAAGAGGGCUAUGUGAUCACAAAAGUUCCUGAAUUCAUUAAAAAAUAUGGACCUUGGAUACAAUUAUGUAAUUUAUUUCCACAGGAAAUAGGCAAUAUUCUUUCAGGAGUAUUUAAUGUAAAAAUUGACAACAGUGAUGAAAUUGUUCAUUAUUUUCAAGAGAUAAUUAAUACAAUUGGUGUUGGAGUGAAAGAAAUCAAUGAUAUUAACCCUGAUUUAGUUCCAUUGGAACGUGAUAUAGAAAGUAAUUAUCAGGUUUUAAAUGCUUCUGGAAUACGUGCUUUAGCAAGUUUUAUUAAAAGUAAACGUAAACAUGAAAAUUUUGGAGGCUUAGUCCAAUGUAUAGAUAAAAAAAACCAGAAUGUCAUAUGGUUAUGUGAUGAGCAUCGAAAUGAUAACAAUUAUACACUUAAAGAUGAACCACAAUCUCCACAUUCAACCCAUCCACUUUGUCGGAAUUUAACUCUCCCAACCUCUCCAACCUCUCCAACCUCCCCAACUUAUUCAACCUCUCCAACUUAUCCAACCUCUCCAACUUAUCCAACCUCUCCAACCUUUCCAAUCUCUCCAACCUUUCCAAUCUCUUGUGAAUUAAUACGCAAUCCAACACAUCCAUUUGGCAGUUAUAAUGGUCAUAGAAAUGAUCAAAAAGAAGUGUGUCCAUCACUGCCUAUUUCUAAAUCAAAUUCUGAAGAGUCAAUGGAUAUUGAUGGCCCAGUUCCAUUAAUGAAUUUGGUUAAUGAAAUUCUUCUAGAUGUUUUUGAUAAUGCAUUAUCAUCUGAACGCAUUCAUUUUGACACUGCCAAAAUUAAAAAAGAGACAUGCAAUAUGCGUGGAAAUUUGAAGAAUCUUGAGCAAUUUUAUCAAAAUUGGCUUGAUGCUCUUGACACUCAACAAAAAGAGCUCUUAAAAGCCAUACUAAAUAGGUAUAUUAUAGGUUAUGUCUAUUUUUUAACAGUGAUUUAUCGAUAUUGUUAUGUAAAAGCAACAAACAAACUUAUGAGUCGAACAAUUAAUUGCCUUAAUGAUCUACCCAUUGUUAAUAAAAUUCUUAAAGCAACAAGUGCAUUGAAUGAAUUUUAUGCCAGGUUAAUAAAAUGUUUGAAAAAUAAUAAUCUAAAAGGCAUUGAACAAAAUUUAAACAAGCUUAAUUUAAAUUCCAAAGCUUUAAAUAAAAUUUCUCGACCUAAUAAAUUAAUGAGGAAUAAUAUUUUAAAAGGAUGGUAUAUAAUUCGUAAAACAUCUACAAUUCAUGAUGAUGAUGUUGAAGAAAAUGAAUGUAAUGGAGAAAAUGAAAUUGAUAUUACUCAAAGCAUCAAAGAUGAAAUCAGCAUGAUAAAAAAUAGAAGGUUAAAAGGAAAUAUUCCUGUUUUUGGAAAAGAGUUAGAUUCUAAAUGUUUCAAUAAAGAGAGUAAUAUAGAUUGCAUAGAGAAGGAAAUUUAUAUGUAUAGUGAACAACAUUUGAAUGACUCAGAUUAUAUUUUAAGAUUUCUAGGGUUCACUGUAGACAAAUUCAAACCAAUACUUCAUUAUGAAUAUGCUAACUAUGGAAAUUUGUACAAGCAUUUAAAAAACAACCAAAAUUUGCCUGAAAAUAAAAAACUGACUUUGGAUGCCAAACUAAAUUUGUCAUUAGAUAUAUGUUUAGGACUUGAAUUUUUACAUGAAAAACGCAUUCUGCAUUUGGAUUUGAGAAGCAGCAAUAUAUAUCUGUUUAAAAAUGGAUAUGAGAAUGAAUUUCUAAAGCCAAAAAUUUCCAAUUUUUUACACAGUGUAGAUACAUUGAAUAAGUACACAACUGUUAAACCAUGUUUACCAAAAAGUAUUGACAAUCAAGUCAGGAAAAGAUGGCAUGAACCACAACGUUUAGAAAAUGAAAGGCAUAAUUGUACAGUUGAAUCAGAUUAUUAUAGUUUGGGAAUGUUGCUUUGGGAAAUAUUUAAUGCAACAGGAGCUUUGCCAUAUGAAAAAAUAAAAAUUGUGAAUUUAUAUGAACAUUUGAAGAAUGAGCGUGAAAAAUUUCCAAAAAAUUUACUACCACAAUAUUUGAUAAACAGAAUAACUGAGACGUGGAAGUAUAAUGUUAGUGAACGGACGACUUUAGCUAUUAUGAUUACGGCAUUAAAUGGUGUUGACAAGAGAAGGUGCAAAAGAACAACUACGGAAUUAACUAGAGUUUCUACAACUUCAACAAAUCGAACAGUAGUUGUUAAUCAACAAUGCUUGACAGAAUCUGAAAUGGUAAUUCAAAAAUAUUGUGAAAAAGUUGAUAACCAAUUAUACGAUUAUUGA